AUGGGAUCACUAGCAACCCAUUUUUCGACGUUUUUGUUCUUCUCCCCACUUGGUUUACGUCGCUUAUAUUCAUCUUUCUCUCUCUUCCUCAAAGACCCAUCUCAUUAUCGCUCAAAACCCUGGUUUUUUAUGGACCCAAAAUGGAAAAACUUUGACCUUUAUGCCCUUUUAAUUACCUUACCUAUUGCUGUAUUAUCAGAUUUCUUUAUUUUUCUCUCAUUUUCAGGCCACCCCACUUACAGAUUUACCUUCCUUCAAUAUGGGGCAGUAAUUUUCCUUUUCUGGGUACUUUUAAUUCUCAUUAAUUUGAGAGAAAAUUAUGAUCUUUUUGCUAUUAAUGAGUGUUUUUUGUUUGUUUUAUCUGGGGUUUUCUUUCUUGUUGAGUAUUUCAUUGUUGGAAAUGGUGGUUUUACUGGUGUUAGCAGUAAUGUGUAUGGUUUACUUGGUAAUGUAACCCUUGUUUGUGCGUUUUGUUGCUUGUAUUUGUCAAUUAAGCCUACUUCAUUUUUGGCUGAUUUUGUUUUGUCAAGUGGGAUGGUUUUUAAAGGUACUUGGGUGUUGCAAGCUGGGUUGAAUUUGUAUACUUCUACAUUUGGGUUGAAAGGUUGUCAGGAGAUUUCGUUGUCGCUGAAUCAAGAGAAUGUUGAUGUUAAAUGUGAUCUUAAUGAGGAUAGUUUGAGGGGUAUUGCAUUGAUGAAGUUGUUGUUUGUGUGGCAUGCCAUUGUGGUUACUAUCUCUUGUUUCGGGUUGUUCGGGUUGUUGUCGUGUAAGGAGAAUUUGAGAUGUGGCGAAGGCAGUGGACCGUUGUUGGCGAAAAUUGAGUCUCAUAGUAUGCUAAUGCAGCAGCUUCCUGAUCUUGAGCUGGAGUAG